CCACAUUACGUCAUUGAGACCGGAGCGCUCCACCUUCCAGUGGGGGACCCGCUGAUCGCCGCAUCUCGUCUCGUGCACCUGCAGCAGCAACAUCAGCAUCAGCAUCAGCAGCAGCCGGGGAGCAGCGCGCAUCCUCCUGCCUUCUUCUGGGUCGCUCCUGCUUUGGAGGCUGUAAGUAAACGGGGCCGAAAGGUUCCCGCACGGCCGGCUGAGAGAGGCGGGACUUCCGCCCCGGAGCAGAGCCGAACUAAACCGGUCCGGCUGUUUAUCUCUUUGUGCAGCCGGGGGAAGGCUGGGUCUGAUAAGGUUGUGUCAUUACAAGCCACGCCAUGCUGAUCUACCUGAUGCCAGGAGGCUGCAGACCUCUCUUCUUCCUACUGGCCGUGGUUCUACCCCUGGUUUCUCCACACACCCGGAACCACCAUGGACAGCAGAAGCACAGCGAGGAGGAACGGCCCAAGCUGCUUCUCGUGUCCUUCGACGGCUUCCGCUGGGACUACAUCUACCGCGUCCCGACUCCCAACUUCCGCAGCGUCAUGGACGAGGGGGUUAAGGUGGAGUUUGUUGAGAACGUUUACAUCACCAAAACCUACCCGAACCACUACAGCAUGGUGACGGGGCUGUACGCGGAGACGCACGGAAUUGUGGCCAACGAGAUGUACGACCCGGCUCUGAACCUGUCCUUCUCCAUGGAGACGGACAGCGUGUACGAUUCAAGGUGGUGGGAGCAGGCCGUGCCCCUCUGGGUGACCAUCCAGAAGGAUGGAGGGCGGAGCGGAGCGGCAAUGUGGCCGGGAUCUGAUGUAUUGAUCCAUGGCAUGUUCCCCUCCCGGUACCUCCUGUAUAAUGCCUCAGUUUCCUUUGAGACCAGGGUGCGGCGGAUCAUCGAGUGGUUCUCCGCGCCGGAAGGCGAAGCUGUGGAUUUUGGAAUUCUGUACUGGGAGGAGCCGGAUGAGAGUGGCCACAACCUGGGACCUCAGAGCCCCCUCAUGGAUGCGAUCAUUGCUGGGAUAGAUGAGAAGCUCGGAUUCCUCAUGAACGAGCUAAAAAAGGCGGGGCUGUAUGAGAAAGUGAACCUCAUUGUGACCAGUGACCACGGGAUGGAACAGCUUUCCCCCGAGAAGAUCAUAGAACUGGACCAGUAUGUGGACAGAGACUUGUACACCUGGGUGGAUAAGAGUCCAGUGGUGGGAAUCCUGCCCAAAGAAGGGAAGCUCGAUGAGGUGUAUGGGAAGCUCGCAGACGCCAACCCGAACAUGGCGGUGUACAGGAAGGACGACAUUCCCGAGCACUUCCAUUAUCAGCACAACAUCCGGAUCAUGCCCAUCCUCCUGGAGGCCAAGGAGGGCUGGACCAUCAUGCAGAAUCUGACCGGACUCUCCAUGCUCGGAAACCAUGGAUAUAACAACACCUUGCGUAACAUGCAGCCUGUGUUUGUGGCCCGCGGGCCGGCCUUUCGCCAGAACUAUGUCAAGACCUCCAUGCGCUCUGUGGACCUUUACCCUCUCAUGUGCCACAUCUUGGGCAUCCGGCCUCUGCCAAACAAUGGCUCUCUCCUCAACGUCCAGGACCUGCUGUCACUGGAGCCAACUACUUCCACGCCCACUUCCACCCACACCACCGUGCCUCCUAAGGUCGGCAGGUUCUCGUACGCUCCGGUUGUGGGUUCGUUCAUUGGUGUGGUGAUGGUGAUCGGAUUCCUGGUGGUCUAUGUCAUAACAGUCACUUUAAAACAGCGGCCUGCCCUUAAACUUAGAAGUUGGGAAAUGUCACAGCCCUUACUGCAAGAGGACUUGCACCUGUAGCUGUGGAAGUUUAAACGAUUGGAGAUAGAAAAGAUGAGGAGCUGUGGCUCCCCCAGGCACCCGGCUCGGCCCAGAAACAUUCUCUAAAUGUUUCCUUGGCACCAGUAAGUGCAGUUGUGCAAGAGAAACAUUCAUAGGGCUUGCAUCUGGUGCAGGUUUAAUCAAAAAUACUAAAACCACGCUUUGAUUGUGAAUUUAACUUGAGAUCAUGUAACAACCUUAAUGUCACUUUCUGCAUAGAGAUUUAGGACCAAGGGUGGAUUUUUAACCUGUGAUUCUGUUCUAGUGUGAACUUUUGGUGGCAAGAACAUUUACUUGGAUGAUAGAGAGGCAUCAGUAUGCGCAAAUUAAGUCUACCAAAGGUGUUUUAUAGUUGAUGGUCAAGGCCAGUUCGUGUUUAUGCGCAUUUGCAGGAGUCUGGGUGAGAGUCUUUCUGUAACAAUCCUCCUCAUAAGCCUAUCCAUUAAGAUUGACCUGCAGUUGAAAUUUUCUUCAGUGAUCCAACGUUUGCUCAAGCAUGGGCUGUCUUGUCAAAUUUGUAUCGUUAUAUUGGCAAAUUUGUAAUUUGAGUUUAAAAACAGGAUAAUCCUGAAUUAAUUUUUAAUGAAACAUACAUUUUCAAUGAAGUAAACAAUUCCAGUAGUUGAAUUUGGGUGGACUUUACCCACAUUUUUUGACAUCCUUGGCAAAAAUAUGUCCAAUGGGUUAACUCGUUGAUUCUUUAUUGCAAUAUUUUUUUUCUUUCAGUACAAUCCAACAUUUAUACAUUUAUUUAGUCAGACAAAGGCCCCACAAAUAAUAAUACCCACCCACCCAAUGUGAGACCCACCAGGGAUUUUGUAAAAUCCCUGGUGGGUCUCACAUUAAAAAAAAGGCAGAAUAUAUUAAAAAGCAACUUAUGCCCACUGUUAAGUGCUGUGCCAGAGAUGUGAUGCUGUGGGAAAUACCAAUGGUUUAUUUAAUUUAAUAAUCUGGACUUUUGACUGGUCAUGAGGUUUUUUCAGCUGUUUCAAUGAUUAAAAAUAUGUCCAAAUCAACACAGAAAAAUCUUCCAUCCCGACCGUAUAAAAACACAAACCAAAAAACAAAGAAGGAAGAGUCAAAGAUCCCUCUCUCAACAUCAAUAAAUGUUCCCCACUGUGUGAACAUAUUCAAAUUAAAGGUUCUAUUCUAGUCAUACUUGUGCUCCUGCAAUAAAAUAUGGAUUAAUCUAUUGCUUCUUACACAUCUCUACCAGGAGUGCCAUCAACGAUGGAGGGUGCAGUAAACACUUGUAGUUUAUAUAAGGAGAAUAUGAUUAUUCAUUGAUUAUUAUUAUGAUCCAGAUUAUACUUAUAUGCAAAUGCAGAUACAUGCAUUGACAACUAUAAAACGCCUUUGGCUGUUAAGAUCUAAAUAGAUGAUGCUUUUUUUAUUUUUUACCUUUUUUUCCUAGCUUCUAUUCUAGAUGGCAGUAUUUGGGGUCUGAUUGGGAGUUCAGUGUUUUGAGCCUGAGGGCAGCUUGUGGAAACCGGGAACUAGCUUUUAUGACCCCAUGUCCAACGUGGAGUAAUGGGCCAAUUAUCCUAAGAGGCGCUGAAAGCAACAGGGUAGGGGGAUCAGAUAUCUGCAUUUGUUUUCAGACAAUCUUUACCUUUAAAACAUUCAUAGUGUUUCCACAGGAAAAGUCAUGUUACAUUUGAGGCAGACAAUAUGUAAUUGAGGAGACUACGCUUUUAUAGCAAAGGGGUACUUUGACAGCAGGCAGUUUUGAUUUGAGAUUUUCAAAUCUAUGCAAAUCAGAUUUGUAUGUCAUGAAGUAAAGGACGACCAAAGUCUACUUAGAAUUUUCCACCACUUGUUCUGCUUGGGAUUGUAGAACUGGAGAAAAUGUUACUCGAUACUGGACAUGCUGUGAUUCUGCUAAAGUAUUAAAAAAAAAACCCUGCUGUAGCUUCAGGAGACUGGUCAUGGUCACUGUUCAUUUUAAAUGUUGCUUGGAAAAUUCACUCAGUGUGUGUGAGUCUACUUUAUGUGUUGGGCAUUCACGUCACUACCUUGCUCUUUCAUAGUCAGCUGCCAUUUGCCUUUAAACUUAAAAGUAUACGCCUCUCGAGCGUUCAUUUUGUCUUUUUAUUCUUUGAUGCCCCCUUCACACCUGAUUAAGACGGCCUUACAGUCGUAAGGAUCACUGCAAAUUUACAAAACCUCAUUUUAAUGGGAAAUGGCACCACUACGCUCUUAUCAUAAGGUAUACAGAGGUUUUCUCUGUUGCUUUUUCCUGCCAUCUUAUCAAAUUGUUGCCACCAAUCUAGUUUUACAAAGUUUGCAUUUGAACUGCAGCCUGAAGAAUUUCCCCCAACCUUCUCGCUAACUGCCUGAAUGCACAAUUUGGAGGUGUGCACACCCUACCUGAAAGGGAGUGCAGCGUAUGCCGAUCGCUUAUUAGGGAAUAAUAUGAACAGAUGUUUCAAAAACAGCACUGCAUGCAUAUUUUCAAUUUGGCAGAAUAGACUUUUAAACAUAGCAGUGAAAGCCAAAAUCAAUCAGGUUGGGGUUAGGAGUGACACCGAGCUUCAGCAGACAAUAGAAAAGGAAUACAGAUGGCGUCUUGUUUUUUUUUUUUUAACCUCCUACCUCUGGCGUUGCUAACUACUCUAAUCGCUAAUGAAAGUCAUGAAAACAGUUUGUAAAAUUUCACCAUCAUGUAGAUUUUGCUUCAUUUGACUAAAACAAAGGUUUUGUGCAUCUUCUCACGCAAGUUUCAUGCAAACACUCAGUGUCAGCUUGACUCAAGAAGAAUUAGUGACCAUUCACAGCAGAAGAUCUUUCCAAGACCGUCAUGGUGCGGUCUUAGUCCGGUGUGAAGGGGGCUUUGUCUAAGGCAUUCUUUUUCUUUAUAGAUGACCGUGUAUUUCGCUACUCGUUGUGUUUUAGUGGCGUAACCAUCACCUUGUUGGUGAACUGUGAAGUGCAAUUGCAAAUUGUCUGUAUUGUGUCUUAGGAAUCUUAGGGUUUAAUGUCAUUUGGUUGAGAAUACUUUUUUUUUUUUUUUCGGAAUGACUCGCAAGACAUGAUCCCCUGAUUUGCACUACAGGAUUGAAACGACGGCAGUUGUUUGAUGCUUCUUAGGACACGUAGCUUCUAGUUUGCACUCCUAAUUUGUAGUAGCUAUUUCAAAUAAUGAAGAGAAAAGCUGCCUCUUGUUUGGAAGCCUUUUAAUUAGCAUAGUUAUGGAAAGGAUGAUGAGAUUUGAGUUAAAAGCAGCUGUGUGUAUCGUUUUGCUGCACCUUAUAUGUAAAGAAAGAAAUUGGUUUAAUUUUCUCCGUUUGCUUUUGGAAUGGAUUAACUGUGCCCAAAAACAACAGAUAUCACUGUGAUAUAAAUAGAUAUAUACUUUUUACAAAAUUUGAAUUCAUAAAUUAACAGCAUUUAUAUUGGAACAACCUAGGUUCACAUCCUUUUAAUGUUUUAGUAAAGAAAAAAGUGUUUUCCCAGACCCAUUGAAAUGGACUGAUCUGCAGUAAUGUAUUUCAAAAUGAUUCAUUUGUACUUGCUGGAUAAACACCAAAUGAGUUUAUAAUUAUUGCCUUGGUUUUGGAUACAGGAUAUUUAAUGAGUGACAGAUGAAAUAUCUUUGCCAUGUUGAUGCAGUUGAGUCUUCUGAAAAUAAAGGGACUUAAAAAAAUG